AUGACUUUAAAUAUAGAAUACUAGAAAGAAUUAAAGACAGCUAAAUUUACAGAUGAACAAUAAUUAAAAAUUAAAUUAAUAUCUAAAUUAAGGAAACCCUCAAUUGAACAUUAUUAUAAUAGCAUGAAACAGAACAGUAUAAUUUUUUGACUAAAUUUAAGUUUUUGAAUUAGAUGGAUAAUUUAUAGAAAAGAAUUUAAGAUGUAAAUUAUGUUAAGAUUAUUUUCAAAAGUUUACAAUAACAUUCUGUGGACAUUCAUUUUGUUAUUUGUGCAUAUUUGAACAUUUAUUAAAAAGUCAUGUAUUUAUUUGUCUCAAAUUUUAGAAAUGUCCUUGUUGUUUUGCCACAAUUAAAGGGUUAUAAUUUGUAUAUUGUAAAACAAUAGAUAAUUUUAUAUAAUCUUAAGUAAUUAUAUCUUCUUAAAAACAUAUUGAUAAUUAUUAUUCUCGUAAAUAAGUAUUAAAAGAAUGGAAAGCUAAAAAGAAAAUUUAUAAUUUUAAUAUAGGAGAUUUAAUAGAUGUUUUAGAUUCUGAACAUAUAUGGUGUGUAGGUAAGAUUUUGAACAUUAAAUAAAAAAAAGAAAAUCAAAUAUUGAUUCAUUAUUAAGGAUAUAAUAAAGUAUAUGAUGAAUAUAUAUCAAUGUAAUCACCAAGAUUAUCUACUUUAGGACUGUUUACAAAUAGGAAAGGUAUAAAUUUAUUUUAUAAGAUAUUUUAUUAUAUUAACCAAGUCUUAAUGAAGAUUUGUUAUCAAAUUAUCUAAGAUACCUAGAACAAUUAUAAUCACAUUAGACAAGUUUUAUAAAUUACUUAAUUUUGUAAAGAUAAAAUUAAAAUUAAAACUUAAUCUUUACUUUUGAAUCAACUGGUCGAAACACAAUAUCUAAUUUGUUCUCAUUGAUAAUAUAAAAUAAUUCUAUGUUCAAUGAUUAAUAAUAAUGA